GGCCAACUAUGGUUGACCCCUCGGAGGCUGAGGAGCAGAACAAGUGCAAAGGCCCGCACCUCGACGCGUCAGCCGUGGCCACCGAAGACCCUCGACUGCCAGAACAGGCCGAGGGUGCGACGACGGAGGAGGAUGGGGAUGCCGGAUUCGAGACGCCGCCCUCCCGCAGUCCUGAGCCGAGCCCCUACCACGCCACGUCCCCGGCGGGGCCAGGCGCCUCCUCUCGGGGGGCCCCACCUGAGCAGCCACAGACCCAGACCGACAGAGCUGCGUCACCAAAAUUGCACCUGGACCUGUACAACUUUGACUCCCCAGCCGCGGAGGGUAGCCGCUACGUGUUGACGAGCCCUCACUCUCUGGAGGCGUGUGCUCGAUGUGGGGUCAAACCCGUAGAGCUCCUGCCCCGUCCGCUGGCCGACUUUGCCCGGGAGGCUCCCGGCCGCUCCAUGCGCGUCGCGACAGGACUGUUUGAAGUCUACGAGAAGGACAGGCACGCCAAACUCAGGCAGUGCCGGGAGGAGAGGGAGAGGAUCGUCCGAGAAGAAAAAAGAAGGAUCCUGCAGGCGACGGUCCAUACCGGCGGCGGUGCGUCACCCUCCUCUGCGGAGCAGCAGCAGCAGCAGCACAAAGCCUCCCCUGGCUCCGCUCAGCCUCCUAAAUCUGGGCCGGUGACCUCCAGCGCAGCCCCUGAUUUCGGCGCGUCCUCUAGAGCCACGGCACCAGGUCCAACCUCUAAAACGGGAGCAGCUCUUUUAUCUAAAGCUCCCAGCUCCAGUAGCUCCCCUAAAUCUCAGUCCUCAAAAUCUGCUUCCACAACCUCUACACCAUCCUCCAAGGGUGGUUUCCAAGGAUCGGCCAAGCAUCCUUUGUCCUCCCCAUCUGAGCAAUCAAAGACCACACGGGCGCUCUCGUCGGGCCCUCCGCCGGUAGUCAGGAAGUCCUCAGGCGGUAAAUCUUCAAACACUUUCCCCAGAUCGACACCAAAACCCCCCUCCUUCCCCAGAGCCAACUCUACAUUAGCGUCAUCAGGGACAAAGGCGACAGUUAAGAGCUCCGGGACGCCUCUGAAUGGCAUCACAGGAGCACAGUUCUCUCAGCACAAUGGACAUCUCGGCCUUCACUCCAAGGUGCAAGGAAAAAGCCAUUCGCUGGAGUCCCUGCAGCGGAGGAAGGAUCCCGUCUGCUCCUCCACCUCCACCACCACAACUACCACUACGUGCACCUCGUCGGAGUCCGGCGCUUCCUCUUCUUACAGCUGGGACGGUCCACGAGAUCACUGGGCCAAAUCCUCCAGUCCUCGAGCUCGCACCAUGGCCACGUUCAACUCCCUGAUGGGCCGCAGCCUCAGCCUCGGCGACCUGAGCCACUCCCUUCAGACGACGCAGAAGGUCGAGCGCAUAGUGAAGGAGGUGAAGCGGCGGGGCCUGAAGGCCGUGUCGGAGCGCGACCGCAAGAUCGCGGCGCUGAUGCUCGCCCGAUACCAGGAGGAAGACAUCAUGAGUCAGACUCGCUACGUGGCCCACCUGCAGUGGGACAGCGAGCGGCGAAUGGACGAGCUGCGUCGGGAACAGGAGGACCGGGAGAAGCAGCGCGCGGUGCUCCAGUGCCAGCGGGUGUGGCAGACCAAGGUGACGACGCGCCAGCGAAGACUCAGUCAGCGGGAGCGGCAGUCGACGGCCGCCAGAAUGCGGCAGGCCGAGGAGAGCGAGGAGCGGUGGCGGGAGCUCUCGGAGCAGCAGGAGCGCAGCCGCCUGCUGCGGUUGCAGCAGGCGGCGCGGGAGGAGAAGCACAAGAAAGCCCUGCAGGAGCAGAACCUGAAGGCCCUGGAGGAGGAGAGGGCCGCCAUGCUGGAGCAGGAGAGGCUGCUGCUGAAGGAGAAGCUCACCAUGGCCGAGCUGAAGAGGCAAGAGAAGGAGCACCAGGGCCAGGAGGAGCGGCGGGGUCUGAACAAGGCGGAGAAGAGGCGCCACGCGGCCCUGAUCCAGGAGAUCGCCCGCAGGGAGCAGGAGGAGAGGGAGGAGGCCCGGAGGGCCGCGGAGGAGAAGCUCAGCCGCUCCCUGGAGAACUACGAGCAGAUAGUCGAGCGCCGGGGGCAGGAGCUGAAGGAGAAGGCCAAGCGCGAGGAGAAGCAGAUCCAGAGAGCACGCAAAGCGGCGGAGAAGCGCGAGAGGCAGCAGCAGCAGCUGCUGGAGGCUCGCGCGAAGGAGGCGGAGAAACGAGCCCAGCAGGCGGCUCUGGUGGCCGAGGAGCGGGCCAAAGAGAAGGCCCAGCGGGCCGUCCAGAGCCGGCAGGAGAAGGAGAAACUGCAGAAGCUCAACCGGCAGCGAGUGGAAGAGGAGGAGAAGCAGAGGCGCCUGGAGCUGCUGCAGUCCAUCGAGAGGAAGCUGGAGAAGAGCGAGCAGAUCUUCAAGGAAAAGCGGGCGGUGCUGGAGAGCGCCCGCUCGGUGGCCCAAGCCUCUUUUCACGUACGGGACAAAGUGCGGGAGGAGACCAACAUGCGCACGUUUGAUAAAAUGGCCCUCGAGGCUCAACUCAAAGCCAGCCUGAACGAGAAAUAAACUCACGGGCUUCGUUUUGAACCGCGCACUCCUGGCCACGUGCCUGGCUCUCGCCUUCAUCGCGGCCCUCAUCACUCAACAGCUUUACCCUCCUUGUCGUAAAGAGCCACAGUGCUUAUUUUUUUUUUUUUCCCCUUACAUAUCUUCACCCAUCAGCUGAUUCGUUUACAUUUUUGACCAUCCCUUUUUAAUUAUAGAUCCUUUCAAAGCAAACCAAAUGGUUUUGUACCGUGGAUAUAAUGAGACUACAUUCUUCAUCAGCUGUUCUGAAUGAACAGCAGAGCCUGUAAGGCAAGUACAGUGGGCUUCAUAUUAGAUUAGAGUGUGGAGAGAGCUGCCUUGUGCAGACACACAACCCCUCCUCUCUCUCUCUCUCUCUCUCUCUCUCUUUCUCUUUGCCCUCUACUCUACUCGAUCUUGGCUACUGGACUGAAAGCUGUGCUGGAAUGAAAAGAGUUAUUGUUUACCAGGAAGCACAACUCCAUGACAACUGCAGAGGCUUUCUACGGGAGCACUCCUGUAAGGGUAAAUGAAGCGCAAAUGGUUCUAGACCCCCCACCCCCCAAAGCAAAGGAGGGAUGCUUUUGUACACGCACUGUGACACAGCUAGAUAUAGCAUGGAAAGAAAGCUCUUGUCAGUACCUAACUGCUGACAAUGCAGCACAGGGGGGCGGGGGGGGGGCCGUGCGCAUGAGCCCCCCAUGCUGAUAAAGCACCAGAGGAUGUUGAUUCCUGCAGCAGUCGAUUCUGCCUCUUUUUCCCUUCAAGGACUCCCUGAGUCUCACCUC